CAGCGACGCAGCUCGUAACUAUCAUGCGUGCUCAUUCCUCUCGUAAGGUGCUUUACAACCCCAACAGACAGUUUAUUUUUAAGAUCCAAGAUGAAGGUUCUCAUCACCGGCGCGGGUGGCUUCGUAGGCCAGAUCCUCGCUAAGAAGCUUAUCGAAACCGACUCAUCAACCUCUCUCAUUCUAGCAGAUGUCAAAGCGCCCCCAAACCCAACAAAGUCGCAAAAUGUCCAGUCAGUGGCAGCAGACCUCACGGAUGUAUCGGCAAGCGAGAGCCUCAUCGCUCAAGCCCCGGACGCCGUGUACAUCCUCCACGGCAUAAUGUCCAGCGGCGCCGAAGCGAACCUCGAGCUAGGCCUGAAGGUCAACUUCGAAUCCGUUCGCCAACUACUCGACGUCAUUAGAAUCAAAAGACCGGGCAUCAAGGUGGUAUUUACAUCAUCAUGCGCAGUGUUUGGGCGCAAAGCCGUUGAAAACCUGACGUCGGAGACGGACAUUGUCCCUAUGCCUGAAAGCAGCUACGGCACACAGAAACUCAUGAUCGAGUUCUUGCUCAACGACUAUUCGAGGAGGGGCUUGAUUGACGGGCGGGCCGUCCGCCUGCCAACCGUGUUUGUAAGAGCUGGUGCGCCAACCGCAGCAGCAUCGUCUUUUGUCUCCGGAAUCGUCCGAGAGCCUGUGCACGGGAAGGAGAGCGAGCUACCGUGUGAUCCAAGCAUCGGUAUAUGGUUGACUUCUCCGCGUGCGCUGGCAACGAACCUCGUGCACGCGAUCAAGGUCCCCGCGGAGAAGUUUGGGCACUUUAGGCAGGUGCUGUUGCCGGGCUACACAGCGACGAGCGGUGAGAUUCUCGAUGCGCUGGAGAAAGUUGCUGGGAAGGAAGUCAGGGCUCUGGUCAAGGAGAAAAGAGACGAGAAUAUUCAAAGGAUUGUAUUGAGCUGGCCGGGAAAGUAUGAUACGAGCCGGGCAAAGGAGCUUGGGUUCAGUGAGGACGUAGGCCUGGAGCAGACGAUUCGGGAUUUCAUCGAUGAGGUGAAGCAGGUUUCAUAAGCAUGAUGAGUCUGAAAUAAGAGGACAUGCUAGAGAAUUGACAAAUUUAGACGCUGGUCACUAAGUCAUCUAAGGCUACAUAGCCAUACGGCCUCUCCUUUGUGAUAUACUACCCUCGGGGACUCGGAACAUUGAGAAAUA